ACAGUAUAUGAUGAAGUGCGAAACAUUCGCUCUUUUAAUCUAGAAGGCAGCAACUCAUUUUCUGUUUCUUCUAUCGCAUUCUCCAUCGUGAGUGAACGACACGUUUGGGGAUUUCGGCACGUGUAUUUGUUUGUAAACAGUAUACAGACCGGCAUAUUGACUGACGUAAAUAUGUUCAUGAAUAUUCAUAGAUCAGCCCGGUUCGCCAUUUUGUGUGCAAUUUUGAAAGGGAGAGAACGGACGCCGAUUUAAUCUAGUAUUUUUCAUUUUAAGUGUUAAGCUCUUUUAUUUACCAUUUGAUGACAUGGACCGCGAGGACAAACAUCCACCAAAUUCCCCAAAUUGAGGUUUUGUCAGAAGGAAAUGUGCUGGCACUUCAUCCAGAGAGUUUCAAUCAUAAGGUAGAUCUACUACUCCAACCCAAGCAACAGGCAAAAAGUAAAAUGUUUGCUUUUUGCCCAUUGAUUAGGUCAUCAUGUUUUAAACUACUGUCGGGUCAUAACAACAGUUGUUGGUUUCGCAGCUACCUCACUGCAGCACAGACUACUGAAGUUCUCCGUCCAUUUAUCUUUGCUGUCCACCCAGAUUUCUUUGGUCAACAUCCUAGAGAGAGGGCUGUUAAUGAAAGAUCUCUGAAGCAGCUCUUUUCUUACAUUGAUGGACUUCACCAAGAUCAAAGGACUUCUGCAACAGAGCUGACAUUCUACCUAAGGAAUCAAAUACAGCUACAUGGACAGCCUGUCAACAAAGGCCUAAUAUUCAAGCGUGUUAAAAUCAGCUUAUCGUCUUCUGACAUCGACACUUCUGUGAAUAGUAUCUUAGAGUCAUGUGACCUGUCUACUGCCCUCAUUGAGCAGUACAAGAAAGAGAAUGCUGAGAAAGAAGGGGAAUUCCCAAGGCCGAUAGAAUGGCACCAAUCUUACUAUACAUACACCGGAAAGAAAAAUCCUAAGGACCAUGUGCAGCAAAAGCAAGGAAAACCUGAAAUAACUUUGAGCUACUGGUUGAAGACCAACAUAGCUGAGGCCAGAAAGAAGCUUGAGAGCAGUCAACCAAUCAGGAAUGAGAUUGCAUCACUGAGACAAGAUCUGAUUGGUCAGUUAGGCCUUGAAGGUAUAUUAUGGGAGAGCAUGUGGGACUCAUCAACAUGUCUCUCGUGCCUGAGGACAAUGAAAGAAUUGUGUCAGCAACAUUGGGCUGCCAUGGAAAACCUUAGAGGUUGUACAGUUAUACUUGGUGAUUUGACCAGACUCUCACCCAAUGGUCAUGUGGUUCUUGGCAGUCAAGAUGUACCUCACCAUUGGGUCUCGUUUAUAUCCAGCCUUCCGGAGCAGAGGAAAUUCCUUCCAUUCAUACCCCCGACCGAGCAGGUCCUGUCCACUCUCCUUGGGGGGUGCUCCGUCAAAGCUCUGGAGGGACAAGCAUCCACCAUGACGGCACACAGUCAUUACGCUGCCCUCACGAGGCUUAUAGAGACCAUGGAAAAACACAAGUUUGUGAAGAGGAAAGAUGAGAAGACAGAAAAAUGCAUCACCUUGCCAGAAGGGUGUACUCAGGGAAUCAAUAUAAUCAUUGAAGGGAGUACAGGUCAGCAGUAUAUAGACCAUAAUGGGGACAUUCAUAUCAUGUGCAAUAAAUCAGCAUCAAGCAUUAUUAGAUAUCUAUCGGACAAUACUCAAAUUGCGAGGGAAUUACAUAUCAAUCACAUGAGUGAUAUCAAGGAAGAAGCCCUGUUAAUCUCUCGUUGCCUGGAGGAGUUGGAGCUGGCGACUUUGACCCGGCACCUGGACGUCACACCAUCCCAGAUGAUAGCAUGCUGCCGUAAGCUUGAAGACAACCCCAUCAGACUGGGCGUGGUCGUCAGGAACCUCCAUCUUCAGAUAAGACAUCACUAUGCAUUACAAAGGAAUGGGGACGUGUGCAUCCCAUGGAAUUGGAAAGAAUAAUAUUCAGAGAGGAAGGCCACCCUGAUGAGAAGUUGGUUUUAAUGUAAUUCGAGAAAACUAUGGAAGGUUUGAUGAAAAACCAUCAAAUAAUAAGAGUUAUAAAAUUGUUCAAAAAGUUCAAAAAAAAAUCCAGGUUUUUAAUGGAUCAUGAUGAAUAAACAUUAUUUUUUAUGGAAAAGGGUACGGUACAUGUAUGAAAUGAUUAGUCUGAUGACAUACUCAUCACACAAAUGGAAUCACUUUCAAUUUUUUGAUAAAAUGGCAUUUUGGGGGAAUUUAUAUCCAAGGAUUAAUGUAAGAGCUUAUCGACUGUGAUGUCACAAAAUCAAUACUAAAAAAAUUGUAACUCUGUCAUUCUUUGACGAAUUUUCAUUUAACCUUCACCAGUAUUUUUCUCUAAUUUUCUGCUUUGAUUAAAACCAACUCGUCAUCAGGUCGAACUUCCUCUCUAACCCACUCCCACACCAAAAAAGUCCACUGUGACAUCAUCUUUGUGUAUGUAAAAGCCUAUGUUAAAAUCCAUCAUAUGACGUCAUACAGGAAUUUUUGUAUGUCUUCAGGAAGGCUAUUCCACAAAGUGGGGCAUGCAAAAGCAAAAGAUCUUUCCCACCAAGUUUUUGAAACUUUUGGAAUAACAAGGAAGCUAGAAGUGGAUGAGCGAAAAGACCUGCUUGGUCUGUACUUAUUGAUAAAUGAAAGACUGUAUGGUGGUGCUGAUGUUAGAAUAGACUUCCCCUUCAAAUCAAAAGAAAACUUAUUUUUAUAGUUUAUUUGGUGGCAAUUUAUGAUUUCAGUAUUUCAGAAUGUAAGGAGCUACAGGGACAAGAUCCCAAUUUGGAAAUGUUUGGAUACUUCUGAGAGAAAGUGCACCUUAAUACAGAUGCAAAAACAUAUUUCAAUGCAAAUCAUCAUUUUUAGAUGUAAAAAAAGCUUUUUUAAGAGUAAUUUUGCCGCCCAAUGGUGUGUAACAUCAUAUCCUUGAUAUUUAUUGACUGUUGCUAUGUAGUUACCAUGAUAGCAACUUAAUAAUGCAACAUGACCCUGAUGGUAGCCAAAAAUCUGUUUACAUUGUACGAUUCUUAUGUUUGCUGUGUUAAUUAUGUUAUGAUAGAGACAAGUGUCUCAUUUAUUGUUCCAAAAAGUUUUUAAAUGAUUUGAGUUUCAAAUUAGGUGAUAUAAAUCUCCAACAUGUCACGAUUGGCUUUCUACAGUUAAACCAGAAUUUGAAUUAAAUCAGAGUUCAGAAUUUUGGGAAAUUAAGCAAAAUUUUAGUUUAUCAGCUUGUGUUUUUUUUACCCCUCUCUUUUAUUAAAUCAAUUUUUCGGGGGUGGACUUGCUAUUUAAAUAGGUGUGGAGUUUUGAAACAGAGGUUUUGGAUGGACAAUAAAAAAAUAUUCUUUCCUUGUUGCUUAUGGGAGUAAUUUUCCAAGGAAAGGUGUGAGGAUUUGACAAAAUAUGUCAAGAAUUUAUUUUAGAGUUCUGUAUGGUAAAAGUUUCCUAAUAAGUCGUUAUAAUUAAGGGAAGGAAAUUAUAUUUUGAAUAAUGAAGAACAGUUUAUUUUAAUUUUAUAAAUAAUGAUUGCAAACAUUUAUAUAAAUAUAGUUUUUUUAUCUUAUGGUUUCGCAAUAUUAUAAGUAUAAUGAAACAUGGUUCUUUUUUACAUGCUAUUGGUGAGGCUUAGCCUCUGGCCAAAACAUUAAAUCAAAAUUCAUAUUAGCUUACAAUGAUCUCUGGCACACAUAAGUCAGUGCAGAACACAAGACUGAAAUUUCUGCACUGCAAAGUCAAAAGAAAAUGAUGUACUUUGGGGAUCCCCAUGUAAGAUAAUUUUGCUGGAGUAAAGACUGUGCACUAUACUCAUGCCUUGGAAACAGCCCCUCCCCCCAAAAAAAAUGGAAUCGGGGUCCAAGAUGUCGUCACAAGCCACAAAGUAAAACUAUAUGGGGAUCCAAAUGUUAUAUGGAGCAUUGUAGACUAAUGCGACCCUGUCUAAUCGAAACAUCAUUCACUUAAGGUAAAAUUUUAAGAGAAAAAAAUUGCAGAUUGAAAGUGUUUUCACACCGGCUGCGGACUGAGUGAUGUGUGUCAGAUUUGUUUUCUAUUGUGGUCUCUUGCUAAUAAAAUAUGAAUAUUCAUGUUUUGGAUGGGGCCUAAGCCUCACCGUCAAAAUUAGAAAGAUUCAUGUUCCAUUAUGUAAUAGCCUUGUACGCUUACAAUAAAGCGAUGCGCACAUUCAUCUAAAUAAUGCAAAAUUUUAAUACGGUGCGACCAUUACUUCAUUACAUAAUGUUGAUGUUUGUGAAAACCCUAUCCCCUUUCUUUGGAACGAUAAAUUUGAAUUUCAAAUAACAUAUACAUCAAAAUAAACCGACAUGAUAGUUUGUAUGUCUAUUAGAAUGAUAGCAAGAAUGUAUUGGAGAGGAAAGGGGAUGUGUGGCAGUACUUCCAUACAAGGACAACCAUGUAUCAUACUUGCAAGUGAAAGUUUAUAUUUUUUCAUGAAUAAUAUGUGACCAUUAUGCAAUAAAAUAUAUUAUAUCACA